AUGGCUAAAGUAUCUAAACAAACCAAGAAGUUUCAGAAUAAACACUUGAAACACACUAUUGAACAAAGAAAGAAGGUUCAAUCACACAGCAAGAAGAUUGCCUUACGGAAAAAGGGUAAAUCAACCAGUGAGGAAGCUUCUGAACCGAAACGUAAAGAUGGGAAGGCCAAAGAAGUGUUUGAAGACAUGUCCGUAGAUGACUUCUUUGCUGGUGGAUUCGAAGUUCCAAAGGAAAAGAAAACCAAGAAGAAGAAGGUGGAGGAAUCCGACGAUGAAGAAUCUUCUGAAGAAGAAGAAGACGAAGAAGUUAUGAAGGAAAACUUGAAAAACUUGGAAGAGCAAGAUCCUGAAUUUUAUAAAUAUUUAAAGGAAAACGACAACGAGUUGUUAGAUUUUGAAGGUGUCAACCCGUUAGAUGCCAUGGAUGAGGAUGAAAGUGAAGAAGAAGACGAAGAAGAAGAAGAAGUCAAGGAAAAAACAAAGAAGAAGGCAGACACUGCUACUGCUCCAGGAAAGGUUGAAAUAACUCUCGAAUUAGUCAAGAAAUGGGAGCAACAAUUAGAAAAGCCAUCUCCAAAGCUUCUUAGAAAUAUUACUAUCGCUUUCAAAGCAGCUGUCAACAUCAACAACUCCGACGAAGAAGAUUACAAGUACUCAGUCACUGAUCCAAAUGCAUUUUCUGAAUUGAUGUUCGUUGUUCUUAAAAAGGUUCCAGUUGCCAUUCAAAAAUUGGUCAAAUACAAGACCAACAGUCAAGGUGUUAGAACUCUUCCACAAAAGAAUCAAAAUGUUACUCAAAUCUCCUCCAUUUUGAAAUCCCAUGCUGGUUCUUUCAUCACUUUGUUGAAGGAUAUCACUAAUACUGAAAUUGCUGCUUUGGUUUUAUCAUCCAUUUAUGAAUUGAUUCCAUAUUACUUGUCAUACAGAAGAUUAUUAAAGGAAAUACUCAGUUCUGUUGUCGAUGUAUGGUCAACCACACCAGAUAUCCAAACCCAAAUUGCCACAUUCGCGUUCUUGAACAAUGUUGCCAAGGAAUAUCCUAAAUCUGUGUUGGAAAACAUUUUGAAAUUGUCAUAUUCUGGUAUGUUGCAAAACUGCAGAAAGACCAAUAUUCACAGUAUGUCCCAAAUCAACUUCUGCAAGAAUUCUGCUAGUGAAUUAUACGGAAUUGAUGAAACCUUGAGUUAUCAAGUUGGAUUUGAAUAUAUCAGACAGUUGGCCAUUCACUUGAGAAACAGUAUCAAUGCCACUUCCAAUGCUAAGGAGGGUUACAAGACCAUUUACAACUGGCAAUACUGUCACUCAUUAGAUUUCUGGUCAAGAGUGUUGUCGCAACAUUGUAAUCCUGAAAUUGAACUUCAAAACCAUAAAUCUAAGGAAUCUCCUUUGAGACAAUUGAUCUACCCCUUGGUUCAAGUCACUUUAGGUGCUAUCAGGUUGAUUCCAACUGCCCAAUUCUUCCCAUUGAGAUUCUAUUUGAUUAGAUCUUUGUUGAGAUUAUCACAAUCUACCGGGGUUUACAUUCCUAUUUUCCCAUUGAUUUCUGAAAUUUUGACUUCCACUGCCAUGACUAAAGCUCCUAAGGGUUCUAGUUUACAAGCAUUUGACUUUGACCACAAUAUUAAAGCCAACCAAGCAUACUUGGGUACUAGAGUGUUCCAAGAUGGGUUAUGUGAGCAAUUUAUUGAAUUAACCAGUGAAUUUUUUGGGUUGUAUGCUAAAUCCAUUGCUUUCCCAGAAUUGGUCACUCCCGCUAUCUUGUCAUUGAGAAGAUUCACCAAGAAGUCCAAGAAUAUUAGAUUCAAUAAACAAUUGCAUCAAUUGGUGGAAAAGUUGAACGCCAAUGCUACUUUCAUAACUGGUAAAAGAUCCAAUGUUGAAUACGGGCCAUCUAACAAGACCGAAGUGCAAUUGUUCUUGAAUGAUUUUGAUUGGGAAAAGACCCCAUUAGGGCAAUAUGUGAUUGUCCAAAGACAAACCAAGGAUGAAAAGAUGAGAAUAUUGAAGGAAGCCUUGGAAGAAGAAGAAAAAGCCAAGGCUGAACAAAAGAAGAAGGAUGAACAAGACGAUGAUAUAGAAAUUGAUGUAGAUUCUGAAGAAGAAGAUUCGGAAGAAGAAGAAGAAGAGUAA